GAUGGGCUCUCCUAUCCCCUUUGAUGCCGCGACACGACUCCCAGCCGUGACUCCGCUUAUACCCGAAGAUCCUCCCUGACGGGCGCAGCCUGCCCGUAUAUACACACGCACACACACGCACACACGCACACGCACACGCACACGUCGCCUGCACAGCCCGCCGCCAUGAUCCCUCGACGCGAGGAGCUCGUCGAAGCCACGCCCCUCAGCCCGCGCGUGAGUGACGUCUCUGAUGAGAGCGCCUUUAUGCGCGGCCAGGACUACCUCGACAGCCCGGCGACCGAGGCCAGUCAGUGGGCAGAUGGCAAAGAGAGGGGCGCAUGGUCGGGCAAGGUCAGGCACGCCGUGGGCAUUGCCCUCUUGAUUGCGACUGUGUUUCUGUGGACGGCCAGCAAUUUCCUGGCCAGUACCAUAUUUGCCGACAACUCGUACUCCAAGCCCUACUUUGUCACCUACGUAAACACCUCGUUUUUCAUCAUACCGCUGUUUCCCAUGCUCCUGCACCACCUGUGGGUCGACCGCCACCAGCCCGAGACCGCUCGCCAACCCCACCAGCCACUCCUCGCCCGACUGCGCGACCUUUUGCAACGACGAGCCGGAAAAUGGUCGCUGUUUCGCCAGAGCGGGUCCCGCUCCUCCUCUCCAUCGUCGCAUAAGCCCCGAAACGACGAAGCAGCCGAAGUACUGCUUUCGUCCUCGGCCCAAGGAUCCCAGAGCUUUGGGGGGGCCAAGGACAUCAGGCUGGACAUGGAUGACGGCUUGACGCUGCUCGACACGGCGCGACUGGCACUCGAAUUCUGCGUGCUCUGGUUCCUUGCAAACUACUUUGCAGCUGCUUGUCUAGAGUACACGACCGUCGCCAGCUCUACCAUACUGUCUUCCACCUCCAGUAUCUGGACCCUCUUGCUCGGCUCGCUCAUGCGCGUCGAGCGCUUUACUGUGCUCAAGCUAGUCGGUGUUCUUGCGUCGCUGGGUGGUGUUGCGCUGAUAUCCAUGGUCGACGUAUCCGGCGGCACGGACGAAAAUCGGGGAUCCUUCCCCCACAAGACGCCCCACGAGCUGGCAAUAGGCGAUGUCAUGGCCUUUGUAUCCGCCGUUCUUUACGGCUUCUACACCGUCUUCAUGAAGGCCAAAAUUGGUGAUGAGACCAGGGUGAACAUGCCUCUCUUCUUCGGCCUCGUUGGCUUGUCCAACGUCUUGCUCCUCUGGCCGGGAUUCAUUAUUCUUCACUUGACUGGAUUGGAGACGUUUGAGCUCCCCCCAACCUCGCGCAUCCUCAACAUUGUCCUCAUCAAUAGCGCUUCGUCGCUCGUGUCGGACUUUUGCUGGGCUUACGCCAUGCUCCUCACGUCUCCGCUCAUCGUCACAGUCGGUCUUAGUCUGACGAUACCGUGCUCGCUGGUCGGACAGAUGGUGCUUGAUUCACAGUACGCCAGUGCACUUUAUUGGGUUGGUGCUGGCAUCAUGGUACUGUCGUUCCUCUUUAUAAACUAUGAAGACAGAAAGGAUGAGGAGCAAGGAUUGCAAGGUGCUGACGAUCCUGUGCGAAGGAGUUUCCAGAGCCUGAGACAAAGCAUGAGCCGAAGGAAUUCGAGAGCAGACAACGUCUAGGAAAUGUAGGGCAUCUAGUGGAAGCGGGGCGCUUUCUUUUUGUUGGCAUUGCAUCGGGGUGGCGAAGGCUUGCAUUGGGAUUAGGAGCAUAUAUUCGUCUUCACGUGGCACCUGCAAACGAUACCAAGUGUUUUUUUACUUUAUUUUAUUUGUGCUUAGUACGGG